AGGACGGAGAGGCACCCGAGCUGCAGCAUCACGCUUCCUCGGGAGUUUGCGUUCUCGCAGUGGGGGGGCAGGGAGGAGGAGGAGGGAGCUUUCUCGUUGCUCCUCGCGUGUUUGCUCUCUUAAACUGCGUGUUUCACUUGGCUGAAUCACCUCUGCUCAUGCUCGCCACAGACAACAAUAGCAAGGAAAGAGAUUUGCGUUGGAAAAGUGAGCGACGAGAAUGACAAGCAGUUCGAUUUGAAGAAAAGGCAGGUCUCCAGAUGUUUAAGGGGACUGCAGCCCACCUGUGUUUGUACUGGAGGGCUGUGUACCUGCUGGCUGCAGGGGUGGCGCUGCUGUCCGAAUCCCUCUGGCUGUGUCCACCAUCCUGUCGCUGCAACGCCGCUGCUCUGGAGGCAAACUGCUCCGGUGCUCAGUUCAGUGCCGUGCCUGACGGUCUUCCCCAAGAUGCCGAGCUGCUCAACCUAACCCACAACACGAUCAAGACUCUGGUGAAUCAGCAGUUUCACAAACUAACUCAGCUUUUACACCUCGAUUUAAGUGACAAUCUAUUGGUGUUGGUUGAAGUGGAAGCCUUCAUUGGCCUGCAGAAUCUGCUCACGCUGCGUCUUUCUCGCAAUCACCUCAGGAUUAUCUCUGUGGGAGUGUUUGCCGGUUUGAUGAACUUGCAGUUGCUAGAUAUAAGCAGCAAUAAGAUUCUUGUCCUCUUAGACUUUACUUUCACAGACUUAGGAUCUCUGCAGGUUUUCCUAGCAGACAAGAACGACUUUGUGUUUAUAUCUAAUCAAGCCUUCGCUGGAUUGAGUAGCCUACAGAGGCUGGAUCUUGACGGCUCUAACCUCACUGCUGUGCCAACCAAGGCGCUCACUCAGCUGAGUGGGUUAAAAAGCCUUCAGAUUCACCAGCUGGAUCUCAACUUACUGCCAAAUUACUCUUUCUACCCUCUGCUGCACCUAAAAGAGCUCGUCGUUGCAUAUUUCCCCAGGCUGGAGACUCUGUCAGGAAACAGUCUGUUCGGCCUCAAUCUUACGUCCUUAUCCAUCAAGCACUGCAACCUUAGAGAGGUUCCAUACACUGCUUUGCAUCACCUUGUUUACCUCGUGUCCAUUGACCUUUCUUUCAACCCUAUUACCUACAUCCAUGGGAACCUGCUUGGAGACUUACUCCGGCUCCAAGAGUUUCAUCUCGUCGGUGGCUCACUGGCAAGCAUCGAAACUGGAGCAUUUAAAGGUUUGGGAUAUUUAAGUGUGCUGAAUGUUUCACAAAAUCUUCUCACUACUCUCGAGGCAGGGUCUUUCCAUUCAGUGGUCACCUUAAAAAGCCUGGGGCUCGACAACAACCCUCUCACAUGUGACUGCCGCCUGCUUUGGGUGGCUCGAAGGCGGCCCUAUGUGAACUUUGGCGGGUUUCUGCCGACCUGCAUGACUUCCGCUCAGCUGCAGGGCUGGAAUUUUUUGGAGUUCUCCGAUGACGAACUACCGAGCCUGCUCACCUGCCGGCAGGCUCGGAUUGUGGACCGGAGGCCCCAAGAUGUGAGAGUGAAUCAAGGACACUCUGUGGUGUUUCACUGCAGCUCAGAAGGUGACCCCCAGCCAUCUGUCAGCUGGCUUAAUCCCCAGCUAAGGCAGGUUUCGCCUGUUGGCAGGAUACGGGCCCUCUCCAACGGCUCCCUGGAGGUGCGCUACGCUCAGCCACAUGAUAGCGGCACUUAUAUCUGCGUGGCGUCCAAUGCAGCGGGAAAUGAAAGCCUGCGCGUCAGCCUUCAUGUCCAAGCCUUGCCAUCAUCUCCUAAAAAACACUAUCGUCUUAAAGGCUGGCCCGCCUUUCCUUCCGCUCCCCCUGGAGUGGAUGGAGAUGAGAAGCUCCCGUUUGAUGUGAAGACUCUUCUGAUAGCAGCAACCAUCGGAUUCGUCUCAUUCUUCGGCUCAGUGUCGGUGUGCUUCGUUUUCAUGUUCUUCUGGAGCAAAGGAAAGGGGCAAAUCAAGCACACAGCAACGAUCGCCUAUGUGCCACGCAGCGCCAUGUCCAACAGCAACACGGGGACGUCAAACUACAUGGAGACGAGCAGGUUCACCAUGAAACUCAUAUGAGUCCGAAAAAAAAUAUUUAGCAUAAAGCAUGGCAGGAUGAGAACAAAUAAAAUGCGUUUGACUACCUAAAAUGUUUGGAUUUAAUGUAAGGAAUGAUUACCUUGUACUAACUGCCAGGUACUUUUAGCAGUGUCUGACAAGUUUAAUGAAUGCAAGAAAUGACAUAUUGCAGUUUUUUAGCCCGUAGACAUCAUUUUUCUCAUUCUAACUGACCUCAAACAAACAAUGUUUGGUCUGAUUUAACUCCAGACAGUGAGACAGAAAAUAGUCUUUUUAUUCAGAGUAAGUAAACUUCUGGUUUCAGCUGUUAAAGAGCCAUUUUAGUUGAUUCUCACGUAUCACUGGAUCCUGCAGUUUGUGUAUUUUAUGCAACUACUAUAAAAUGAACAGCAAGUCUUUUAAUGCAUCCUUUUCUUAAAGCAUCCUUUAAGUAUGUUUUACUUAAAGGAUACUUAUGUAAAGUAUGCCUUACUUACCUUUUCAGAAUUAUAAAAAUUUAAUAAUGCUGAUUAACUUCUCAUCUAUGAAUUCUGUUUGUAAGAAUAUGCUAUAAAACAGAUGUGGAUUUGUCUUAGCUGCCUUUAAAAAUGGGAAACACAGGGAAACAUGUCAUUCAAAUGAAUCACUUAUGUUAAUAUUAAUAAGUCAGGAAAAUGGCUACAAAACUGUGCCUAAUCAUACAAAUACUUAUAGUCAAAGUUAAACAUUUAGAACUGGAACUGUGAAAUGGUGCUGCAGUAAGAGAAAUUUAUAAGAAAUUUUUAAGGUUUUUCACACAUAUUUACUAUUUACCAAAUAAUUAUAUAGGCUGUCAAAGAAGGAAAAGAAACGACAAGAGAAUAGACUUGCCAGAUUAACUAACACUAUAGUUUGCUUACUUGUGUUUUUGCCUGUUCUUUAAUGGAGGGAUAUAAUGGCCAAUAAUGUAACUUGUGAUUCUUUUUAGAUCUUGGAUAACCUUAUAUUAAGGUUAUGGUAUUUCUCAAUGAUUACGGUUUGUUUUUUUAAAUAUUGUCACAUGCAUUGUACAUUAUUCGACAUGUUUAUGGAACAAUAUUUCUUUUUAAUACCUGCAUGAAUUGCAAUGACUCUACAUUGAAAAAUAUUGAUUUGGGUCUAUUUCCACUGAUGGACAUUUGAGUUUCAGAGUGAGUACUGUGGGAAAGAAGACGUUGCUUUGCUCUGCAUCGGCUCUGAGCUUGCAACUUUCAAUUUCUGCUCCCAUUUUCAGGACAUGUUUACUACAGCAGUGAUCAGAGGCAUCCGCCAGAGAGUGGAGCUAGUUGCACAUGCUGUGAAGACAGAAACGCUUCGUUAAUGACGUACAUGUGUUUGUGAAAAUAAAGCUUUUAACAACUGA